CAUGAACGCAACGACGAUGGUCAAAUUUCUGGGCCAGUUAAUUUUGUCAGCAAAAUUGCAAAUGAUCAUCGUCUCCAGCCACGAAACCCUAAUCAUGGCUUCAAGAGACCGAGGCCGAGAACUCCCCUCACAGUAAACAGGUCAAAGCUCUCGAUUCCUUACAAAUCAGAAAUGUGCAAUCUGUUACAAAUGGGCAAGUAUUACUACGGCGAAAACUGCCAUUUUGCUCACAAUCUGCGUCAAAUCAGAGGGUUGGAGCCAUUUAGUAAGAGAAGUCGUUUAUUUUCUGGUGAAAGGGGUUGCAACUAUCAUCCUCAUCAGAGUGUUGGGAGAGAUGAGGGUGGCUUGAACAGAGUGAGUGCUAGAGGCGGAGGAGAAUCGAUUGAGUGCAGACGUUUGAGUCGGAGAGAAGGAUACAAGACGAAGCUUUGUGCCAGGUGGGAGGAGAGGUUUGGCAGCUGCCCUUAUGGGGACAAAUGUAACUUUGCUCAUGGGAAAGAAGUUGGAGAAGUUGAAUGGCUGCAUAUGCUAACACAUUCAUUACUUUGA